AUGGCUCAGACAAAGACUGUGGGCGCCGAAGCGGUGCCAACCGUCAGCCACCAUAAUGACAACAACCCUGGUGAGGCCAUCACGGCCAUGCAGAACGAGCGCCAGAUGAGCGUGAGGGACUCGUUUCGCUUCUGGCCAAAAGCGAUUCUCUUUUCCUUCAUCAUCUCUCUAGCCAUUAUCAUGGAGGGCUAUGAUACCAACCUCAUGAGUAAUUUUUACGCCUUUCCGGCUUUUAUGAAGCGGUACGGCGACCAAGUCGAUGCCAAUGGCGACCCUCUAGUCUCGGCUCGCUGGCAAACCAUCAUCAACAACGGCACCCAGGCGGGCUCAAUCCUUGGUCUCAUCCUCAAUGGCAUCAUCACCGAGUGGAUUGGCUACAAGAAAACCAUGAUUGUCGCCAUGGUCGCCAUGAUCGGGGCCGUGUUCAUCCCCUUCUUCGCCAACGGUCUCCCAAUGUUCUUGGCCGGAGCCUUGAUUCAGGGCAUCCCCUGGGGUAUCUUCCAAACCCUCGCCGUCACCUACGCGGCUGAUAUCUGCCCCAUGUCACUCAGAGGAUACAUGACGUCUUGGGUAAACAUGUGCUGGGUCAUCGGCCAGCUGAUCAGCAGUGGCAUGCUUCGAGGGCUUUUGCAAAUCGACAAUCAAUGGGGAUACCGCAUUCCAUUUGCGAUCCAAUGGGUCUGGCCCGUACCCAUCAUCAUCGGCACGCUCUUCGCCCCCGAAAGUCCAUGGUGGCUUGUCCGCCAAAACCGCCUCGAGGACGCGCGCGAAGCAGUCCGCAAGCUUACCUCUCCAAAGAGUGACAUUGACUUUGACCUCGACGCCCACAUCGAGAUGAUGCGUGUGACGAACCAGUUUGAGAUCGAGGUCAGUUCGGGCGCUCACUACUGGGACUGCUUCCGCGGUGUCGACCUUCGCCGCACCGAAAUUGCGUGCAUGGUAUGGCUGACGCAGUCUUUCUGCGGCGUGCCGUUCAUGGGCUACGGCACGCAGUUCAUGAUCAACGCCGGCCUCAGUUCUGAGAAUGGGUUCACGAUGAGUUUGGUCCAGAACUGCAUCGGCCUCAUUGGUUGUAUCAUUGCCUGGUACAUCAUGACUCACAUCGGCCGUCGCACUCUGUACCUGGCUGGUCUAUCGGCCAUGUUUGUGAUUCUUGUCGUCAUCGGUGGCAUCGGUAUUCCGCAGGACGCUGCUGGGUUACCAGCGCGGUCAUGGGCCGUGGGAGCCCUCAUCAUCGUGAUGCUCUUCUCCUUCCAGCUCAGCGUCGGUCCCUCAUGCUAUACCUUGGUCGCGGAGAUGCCAUCUACCCGGCUUCGUGUCAAGACAGUCGCCCUUUCUCGCGCCUUUUACAAUUGCGGAGGCUUCAUCGUCAACGCGCUGCAGCCAAAGAUUGUGGGCAAGAAUGACUGGAACUGGGGAGCCAGAGGCGGCUUCUUCUGGGCCGGCAUCACUGUGCUUUUCCUUACGUGGACCUUUUUCCGUCUUCCGGAGCCCUUUGGUCUUACAUACUCGGAGAUUGACUUGCUCUUUGAGCACCAUGUUGGCGCUCGUCACUUUUCGCAAGAGGCGGCUGACUCUCUACGCCCGCAGCUGGAAGAGGUCGCCAACCGUCAUGAGAAACUGGCUGCUACGGUGAGCCAUCAGGAGGCAUAG